AUUCGUCCUUGGUUGUCAUUUUAGUGGCUUUGAUGCAUCUUUUCUAAAUAAUUCUGACAGAAAAAAAAAAAAAUCUCGUGACCGUCGGCGGUAAAGAUGUCAAACUGCCUGGUUUUUCAGACACAGUUGGUCUCCAUCAUGGAUUUGUUUGUCAAAGCAGCCGUGGAGGAGAUGGGCAAACUUGUGGAAGAGGGCUCUUCCUUCGGGUUACGCCUGGAAUUAUCACGGGGUGAGGAUGAAAAUGAAGCCUUAAAAGCCGGGAGAUUACACACAGAGAGUGCGCUUACGGUACAGUUUGCCUCUGCCUUGGAAACACUUAGUAAUGCUGCUGUGGACAAGAUCAUCAGACUCGUGGAUGAGACUAAAUUACAGUUGGUUGAGUCUGCUUUGCUGAAAGCUCCAGGGGAACAUGAUGAGAACAAGCGUGGAAAACGAGGGUGUUCUCUGCAUUUCCAAACCAUUGGAGAAAGGGCAGGAGAUGCAGAGCUCAGUUUGCCUUUGAAAAAAGAAAUCAGUCACACAUCUCCAGUGAAAGAGUUUACAGGCAUAAGUCAGCAUAGCCUUAAAUCGCUCAUGAUUGGGAAAGCAGGCCAUGACAACAGCUCUGGGAACGAUGAUCUGUUGGAAGGAAUAAAGACCAAUACACAGACUGCAGCAUCUUGUUUGGAUGAUGAAGGCAGAGAUGUGAACGAAGGUGGACCUCAAGACACGCUUGCUGACAGAACAGGGCAGCAGGACCUGAAUGUAGCAGGGUCCAGGCAAGACUGUGAAAGGGAAGCAAACGACUACACUGAAUGUGGUAUGAAUCGGCAGGCCCGUGGUGCGAUGAGUGGAAAAGCAGAGAAACUGUACAGCUGCAACAGCUGCGACAAGUGCUUCUGCAAGCUGAGCCACCUGAAGUCACACGAGCGAAUCCACACAGGGGAGAAACCGUUCAGCUGCACGCAGUGCGGGAAGACCUUUACGCAGAAGCACAGCCUCAACGAACAUCAGAGAAUUCACACAGGGGAGAAACCAUACAAGUGCGACGUGUGCGGAAAAUGUUUUAAUAAGGCGGCGCAUCUCAAAACGCAUCAAAUAAUUCACACCGGAGAGAAGCCGUUUAGCUGUGUUGUUUGCGGAAAGAGUUUUAAUCUCGCUCAGAACCUUAAUAGGCACCAGCGGAUUCAUACAGGAGAGAAGGCGUUUCCAUGUCUUAUAUGUCAAAGGAGUUUCACGCGAUCCGUUACCCUUAAAAUACACAUGCUGAUUCACACAGGACAGAAACCAUUUACCUGUGUUACCUGUGGGCGGAGUUUCCGCCAGUCUGUCAACCUUAAAAUACAUCAACGAAUUCAUACGGGACAGAAACCUUUCAGCUGCUCCUUAUGCGGCAAGAAUUUCCGUCAAGCCGUUAACCUGAAAAUACACCAGCGCAUUCACACGGGAGAGAAACCCUUUGGCUGCAAAUACUGCGGGAAGAGUUUCACUCAGCAGAGUAACCUUAAUUUACACCAGCGCAUCCACACAGGCGAGAGGCCGUACAGCUGCGACAUGUGUGACAAGAGGUUCAAUAAUGCGUACAGCCUUAAGCUGCAUCAGCGCAUCCACACGGGGGAGAAGCCAUACAGCUGUGACAAGUGCGGGAAGACUUUUAGUCAAGGGAGUCACCUUCGAACACACAAGAGGAUUCACACGGGAGAAAAGCUGUACAUGUGUGAUAAGUGUGGCAAGAAUUACUCCGAUCUAAGAAACCUUAGAAUGCACAGGUGUGUUUACAGCUGAAAGACAUUUAUAUUGCCUGCUUUAAAUCGAUAUAAUGACUUGAACAUUGCAGACCAUUGUCAUCAUUGCUGUUUGAAUUUUUGCAUUACUGUUUGGAUCUGUUGAUGACAAAAAAGGAGAAUAA